GACUGGCCGUGGCCGGGGGGGCCUGGGCUGCGCGGCUCGCUCCCGCUGCGCCCGCCCCUCGGCCUCCUCCCCGUGCGCUGCCUGGCGCUCUGGCCGCGCCUCCUCCGCCCCGGCGCCGCAGACCCUCCGCGGCCUCCCGCCCUCGUCCCCUCCCGGCCCUCCUCCUUCCCGGAGCGGCCCGCCGGGGCCAGACUGAGCUGGCAGCGAGGAGGCGUAACGGAAAGCUCCGGCUCGGGAAGACACACGCGCCUGGCUCUGCGGCGGGAACGGAGACCCGUAGCCCCGGCAGCCCGGGCCAGGAAAACUGGGAAGCAGACUCUUGAGUUUACAGCUGACUUGUAAUUUCUGCAUGUCAUUAAGAGACAUUUCAUAUAGAUAUUCCUACUUAGACUGGCAGAGUUGUUCUAGGAGAUCUCAGAGUUUGUCUCUUUAGGUGGCACUUUUUUGAAGUUCAUUAGACUGCUUAACAUUACUGCAGAAAUAAAUAGGGACAAUGUCUUCUUCCCUUUGGGAUGUGCUGAGGAGAAGAGACAAGGAGAUGUAGCAAGUUCCUGCUGAUCUCUUACCACUGUCUCGUCUACAUUGCAAUCUGAAGUAGAGGCAUCCUUGCAGUCUCUAUGCUGGUGGUGAGGCCGUCUUGCGGCCGCUGCUAUCGAAACCCAGGACUCGGUCACUCGGCAUGAAUGCCGCCCGGGGACCCAGACCGCGCUGCUCCCGCCGCCUCCGAUCGUGAGCGUGAACAUCUCCAGCCGCGACUUCCCUCCUGGGACACCCGAGCCGCGUCGCGCCUCAUUGCCGGCUCUUUUGAUUGACCUCCUGGACUCCUGCCACUCUGUCCCACUGUGAACAUCAAUAUGUGUCAUGUCAUUGUCACCUGCCGCUCGAUGCUCUGGACCCUCCUGAGCAUUGUGGUAGCCUUUGCCGAACUCAUCGCCUUCAUGAGCGCAGACUGGCUGAUCGGGAAAGGCAAGAACCGCAGCGGCGCGGAGCCUGCGAGCGCGGGCCCCGAGCCCUACCACCCCACCUUGGGCAUCUACGCCCGCUGCAUCCGCAACCCGGGUGUGCAGCACGUCCCGAGGGACACGCUGUGCGGGCCCUACGCGGAGAGCUUCGGUGAGAUCGCCAGCGGCUUCUGGCAGGCCACUGCUAUCUUCCUGGCGAUGGGGAUCUUCAUCCUCUGCACUGUGGCCUUGGUGUCCGUGUUCACCAUGUGUGUGCAGAGCAUCAUGAAGAAAAGCAUUUUCAACGUCUGUGGACUCCUGCAAGGAAUCGCAGGUCUGUUCCUUAUCCUUGGUUUAAUACUCUAUCCUGCGGGCUGGGGCUGCCAGAAAGCCAUAGACUAUUGUGGACAUUAUGCAUCUGCCUACAAACCCGGAGACUGCUCCUUGGGCUGGGCCUUUUAUACUGCCAUUGGGGGCACAGUCCUCACAUUCAUCUGUGCCGUCUUCUCUGCACAAGCAGAAAUUGCAACCUCCAGUGACAAAGUACAGGAAGAAAUUGAAGAGGGGAAAAAUCUUAUCUGCCUCCUUUAGUCUGGAAGAGACACUGACGCUGUUUUCUUUCAUGAUCUUGUGAAACAGUCUUCAAUGUUUGAAUCAAGUGAAGAACCAGCUUUGACCUACCAGAGGCACAUUCCACAGCCCCAGGCCUUCGAGGGAACAGCGAGGGCACCACCCACUAAGCAGAGUUAUUGGACAUGAGGGCUGCGGUGCAGCUAACGAGACUGCAUGCAGACAUGGUUAACAGCCCGACUGUGGAGUGCUGUCAGACUCCAUCUCCCCAGGGCUCAAUGAAGGAUAGCGAUCUGACUCAUCAAGGCAGAUGGCAAUCUCUCUGGCAGCAGAGAAGAGGUCAGCCAGCCUCAUAGGUUGCUUGAGGCAGGUUUCUGGCCCACAGCUGCAUGCCUAUGAGCAUCUCAGAAUGAGGGCUGGGGUUGUUAUCUUGGUUUUCUUCCUGGUUCUUUCAAGUUGCCUCAGUUGGAGACUAACAGAAAGAUUACAGACUUACUGGGUAUAGGUUGUAUGCUGAAGGUCACAGCAAGAUACCAGGUUUUGCUUAGCUGACCAAAGUACUUAACAGGGACAGUGCAGAGUCCUGCUGUACAGCUUACUCUAGGCAGUGUUCCAGAGUGAGGUAGAUCAAUGGACCUGUCAUCAGGAUUUGAGGAAUUUUUGAGUAAAGAAAGACAAUCAUGUAAGGAUAAUCGGAUAAAAGUAUAAACCCUUGGCAGACAGAUUCCUGCUCCCGGCAGCCAGCCUAAUGUGCAUACUAGCCCAAUCUUCUCUCCCUGCAGUCAGUUUUUCUCCUGUGGUUAGGGCUGUGCUGGACUGCCCAAGGAAACCUCCCUGUUUCCACCUUCCAAGGACAGCGGUUCCCAAACCAGCUGGGGCUCAUGCAGACAUUCACAGGGAUGGACUGCCAGAACCUCAGCAUCUGUUGGGGCAACCUGUUUGGUUACAGUGCUGUGUAGUCACUGGCUUCCAAUCCUAUCAGCAGCCCAAUGGCAUUCUUUGAAGAGAAAAAGGAACUAGUUCCUUGUAUUGAUCUAAAAGCAUCCAAAAUUCCAUCCCCAGGGACACACAUUAAAGAGUUAGUGCAAAAACAGGAGCUAGAGCAAGCUCACAGCACCUGCCUGUGCCUGUUUACAAAACAAAUGCCACUAUUAAAAACGAUUCUAGGCUUUUAAUCCAGUUUAUAUAAAUUACCCAUAUAACUGAUUCAGGAAGAAGGAAAAUGGUCAAAGUUCCCAGAAAUAAUAUAGUGUAGUACAUGAGCCUUGCAGACAGAAAGACGCUCUACAGCAACUAAGUGGAGUGGUCCUGAGUUGGCUUUAUAGAUUUGUUCAAUUGAGGGCUUUCUCUUAAGUAAAUUAGUUAAACACCUUUUGCUGGCAAGCAUUGUGUGCUAAAUAUAACCAAGUAUAUAAAACCCUGCCUCAGAAUUUACAACUUUGCCCCAGUGAACUGUCUUAAAGUUGUGCCAGUUUAGAAUUAGGCCUUAGUACAGAACAGUUGCCUGACAUAUAGAUGGGUUGGGACCACUAAAAUCUAAUUACAGUUUAUUUGGCCUUUGGCCUAUACCAGAAAGUAUCUUUCAUCUCUCACAGAUAAAGACUAAGGGAAGAAGGAAGUUGACCAGAUCAGAAUAAGUUCAGUUUUGAACAAAAGUUCAAAAUAAGUAAAAAAAAGAAAUCCUGUGGCUUCUUUGAAGAGAGAAGGGUGGGGGAGAAGGGGCCCCCCCUAAGCAACCCAAGGAAAGGCUCAGGAAACACUGACAGGUCACUAACCAUGUAGGCACAGGCCAUGGAGCUAGUGGAAGAUGGCUCCUGUCCUGCACUGCUUUGAUGAUGAUCUGAACAAGUCCUCUGCCAACAUAGUCACUGGUUUUCCAACUUGGGCAAGACUGUAGUUUCGUUCAUCAGGCAAAUCUUGACAAAAACAUUUUCCUUAAACUUACCAGAUUAAACUUUUUUAAUAAUAUAUAGUGUUUCCAAUACUAGUUUUGCAAUCUUGACCUCUUUCUCAAACACAAGUCCUAAGCCCAGAGGAUCCUCUGAGCACGUCUGUCAUCUGCUCUUUGGGUAAGGUGGCAGUGGUCCAUAGGUCAACCUGGUAACAGUCACAAAUGAAGAUGUAACUUCUCUACCAGAAGAAAGUCACUUCCCAGUGUUUAAUGUUAGAGACCAAAAAAGGCACAUGCACAAACAAAAUGCCACACCAUUAAAAACUACCUAAAUGCUCAUUUAAUAUAACAGUAGAGACUGAAUUUUUUAGGAGAGUAAAAGAUAAUACUGGGUCUGUUAGACCUUUAAACCAGUACACAGACUUUGUAAGGAAAGGAUCAUCUAAAAUUAUGCUAAUCUAGACCAAAAGUCCUCUGCAUGGCUCUUUAAAAACCACUUGUUGACCUAUACCCAUUUAUCUGAUAAUAGGACCAUUACUACCAGAAAAGUCUUAUUUAUUUUGCAUGCAUUUGUGCUUAAAGUAUUGUAAUGGGCUGGGCUUCUCAAUGAACUCUAAAGCAGAAAUGUUUGCUCUGGAGUCUGUGGAUUCUUUAAACCUGUGUGCUAAUUCAACAAUGUUAUAUUGUGUAAGCGUUUUUGUAUAGUUUUCAAACAUCUGUGGUGUAAUGAAUGAUUUUUGUUUAACAUGUAUUCUGUAAAGUGCCAUAGUCUUUUUUAUGUGUAGCAUAUUUAAAAUAUAUAUAUAUUAUACAUACACAAGUUUAUGUGAAAGAUGUGCAAUAACAAAGGUGUAUGUAUGUUUUGGGGAAACUGGACAGGAGUCAAAACAUGGAUGUCUCUGUUUUGACAAAAGAGAGUUCCACAUUUUUGCCUUCAUGGCUAGUCAUUAGCCCAUGACAAUUUUAAUGCUACACAAAUCUGUGAAGAAAAUACUGGUAUGAAUCAUUUUCUCCUGGGUCUAAAUGAAAAUAAUCACUGUAUUUAUGUGAAGUCAGCAAGCCAGGCCCAGUCAAUGCUAGUCUUUCUUGUGAAAUGUGAAGCUGCCAUGUUGCCUUUUCUGUUAGCGUGAUAACUCGUAGUUGGUACAUACUCACUGAGGAGCUAUUUCUUAAUGUUUUUAUAGACCAUGCUAAUGCUAGACCACUAUUUAAGGGCUAGUCUCACACCUUCUUAGCCAUAAGAGUCUGACUUAGGACAGACCAUUCUGUGCAAUAACAUGUGGCCACUGGAAAUCCCAGGCCUGCAUUUGUGUUUGGGUAGCAAAGACUCCCAAGGGCCAAAAGAAUGAAAGGGAUGACUGGGAUUUCUGAUACUGUGGUGAAACUCCUUCUAAGGCUGAGGGAGUCCUUAGGUGCUUUGAAGGAACUUGGCACCACUUGAUAUUCAAUAGCCACUUGAGCCAAAUAAAAAAUUGUAUUUACAGCUGAUGGACUCAAUGGGAGCCUUCAAAUUUGUGGUUAUCCUAUUAUAUUGUAAACUAAUGCAUUGUCUAGCAUUGAUUAGGAUUUUGUACAUAUGUAUUUUCACAUUGUGCUCCCUUCCCUUCUUCAGAUCUGAAUUAAAUCAGAUUUUGCAAAUUCAA